AGUCACUACGUUUCGUCACUUUCGUGUUUCGUAUUGUUUGAGCAUUGCCAUCAUUCCAUUCGGCUUUAUUAUUUCCUUGUGUAUAAAUUAGUGGGUAAUAUGGAUGAAUCUAAUGACUUUGAACCUCUAGAACCUUCAUUAAAAAAUGUAAUAGAACAAAAGUCCCUCCGCUGGAUAUUUGUAGGAGGGAAAGGUGGCGUAGGAAAAACUACGUGUAGCUGCAGUUUGGCAGUCCAGUUAUCAAAAGUUCGAGAGUCGGUUCUUAUAAUAUCCACUGAUCCGGCUCAUAACAUAUCGGAUGCCUUCGAUCAGAAAUUUUCUAAAGUGCCAACUAAGGUGAAAGGGUUUGAUAACCUGUUUGCUAUGGAGAUAGAUCCUAAUGUAGGGUUAACAGAAUUGCCCGAAGAAUACUUUGAAGGCGAGACCGAGGCCAUGAGACUUGGAAAAGGCGUGAUGCAGGAGAUUGUUGGAGCAUUCCCCGGCAUUGAUGAAGCCAUGAGCUAUGCGGAGGUUAUGAAGCUCGUCAAAGGUAUGAACUUCAGUGCAGUCGUGUUUGAUACAGCGCCCACUGGGCACACAUUGCGUUUGUUAUCAUUCCCUCAGGUGGUGGAAAAGGGUCUCGGUAAAUUGAUGCGACUAAAAUCAAAGGUGGCUCCAUUCAUCAAUCAAGUGGCAACAUUGUUUGGACUCGCUGAAUUCAAUUCGGACAUGUUCAGCAACAAACUGGAUGAGAUGUUAUCGGUCAUAACACAAGUUAACACACAGUUCAAAGAUCCGAAUCAAACGACAUUUGUCUGCGUGUGUAUCGCUGAAUUCCUCUCGUUGUAUGAAACUGAAAGACUCGUCCAGGAACUAACGAGAUGUGGAAUUGAUACUCAUAAUAUAAUCGUUAAUCAGUUGCUUCUUAGAACAUCAGCACCUUGUGAACUAUGUGCAGCUAGACACAAAGUACAAGAGAAAUACCUUGAACAAAUAGCAGAUUUAUAUGAAGAUUUCCAUGUAACAAAAUUACCAUUGUUGGACAGGGAGGUACGCGGGGCGGCAGCGGUUCAGUCUUUUUCAGAACACUUACUGACACCAUACGUUCCACCUGCUACCAGUUCUUAAGCCGUCAUAGUUAUUAAACUGUUAGGGACACAUUCUGCUUGAUAUAAAACGCGUGCAAUAAUUUUUAUAGGAAAAUGAAAAUUAAUAUGGUUAGAUUUAGGAAUUACUUUGGGUUAUUUGUUUAACAUUCAAUGUCUAUAUAAAAUCAUAUUAUCUAUAAACUAUUGAAUAGUAAAUUAUUUUAUACUAUAGUAAAUCUGAAUAAAUAUUCCGAAAACAUUGUGAA